AUGUGGCAAUUAAUACGAGCAUUUUGUCAAAGUUCAAUAAACAUAAUUACAGAUGCAUUUAAUCAAUUUGAUAAUUCUACAUUAAUUAAUACAAUGCUAUUGACUGAAGAAUUAUUAGAAGCAAAAGUUCAAGCUGCUCUUUCUUUAUUACGUCAAACGGCACCAUCUACUUUAACACAAGCAAAUCAAUUAGUAACUAGAUUAUUAACAAAUUAUAUUGCUGUAACACAUUAUUUUGGAUUAACAAAAUAUAAUCCUUUAUUCGAUAUUGGUUAUAUGAAUGUAUCUCUUUAUGCGGGAAUAUUUGAAAAUAAAUAUAUAUUAAAAAAUUCAAUACAAAUUUGUUCUUGCCAAAAUAAUGGUUCAUGUCCUUCAUUUGCAAAUAUUUGUUUAUAUAAAAUUUUUGAAAUUUUUGGAAUUUAUGAUUUGAAUAGAGUUAAAGCAAAUGAAACAUUAUCUGAAUGUUUUUAUAAUCAAUCAUGUUUAAAUAUUCUUUUAUCAUCUUAUACAAAUUCAUUAAAUAUUUCAAUUCUUAAUCAAUCUUUAUCAAGUCGUUCUCUUUCAACAACAAAAAUCGAAUUACUUAUCAAUGAACUAUUUCUUGAAGAAAUGUUUAAUCAAACAAAUUAUACAAAAUAUUAUUCACCCUAA